GAAGGUUUAGCCAGAAGCGAGUUAAGAAAAUGGCGACCAUGCAGGACGACCGCUUCCCCUCGUAGAUGCUGCAAACGCGUUGCACAUUAUUUUUAAAAGCCUUACAGUCGGCUUUCCUUUCCACUCGGUUGCACUUUAUACUUCAAUGAGAGAUUUGGAAACGAAAGCUGUUGCCACCAAAGAAGCUGAAGCAUCGAAACAGGGAACAUACCCACAGAGGGAAGAACAGUGGAUGGAAGAGAGAGAGAGACUGUGACGAGGACGGAGGAUAAGAAGACACACGACUGGUCAAAAGUGCAAGAGCAUACCAAGUCACAGCAGAGUCCUCGCUCCAAACCACAUCCCCCCCUUCCCCCUCCCCACGGACACAACACACAUUCAGUCUUCAGCGAUGCCAAGAGGGCCCGAUCAGCCUGCUGCCCGCUCUGACAAGCCCCGCCUCUUCACCUCGCAUCCUUGAGGCUGCGCCCGCCGAGCUUUGACGCGUUCACCUCCCCCGUCGUCGACCUGGGAACCAGAGGUCACCGCUUCUCCGCUCGCCCCGGGGACGGCAUCCUGCCCGGCCAGGAGCCGCUGCCUCGCGCCGCACUCACAGGCAUGGCUCCCAUUCGGGACUCCGUCAGCCACUCCCCUAAUCAAACAGGUCUGGAGCACCCUGGCUUGGACUCGCAGUAUGAGACUUCCCCCUGGUCCUCUGGCUCUCCCUGCAGCAGCGACGGCAACAGCAACUGGAGCAAAGUCCUAGUGGACGGGAGCGCCGACAAACCCAACAACCCGUCUUCAACCAACUCUUCCGUUUGGCCUCCUUCGUUCUCUUGCUCCUCCUCGUCUUCCUCUUCUGGCUGCGGGUCCGGAUCGGACCCCGAGUUGGCUUCAGAAUGCAUGGACGCAGACUCUAGCUCCUCGGUCGGCUCGGAGAAAAACCUCGCCGCUGUGACAACGGUGAUGAUGAUGUCAGCAAAUGCUUCCUCCUCUGUGUCUUCUGCGGCCUCUUCUCCCUCCUCUGCCAUGAUGGUCGUCGUUUCAGUGAACGGAGACAGCAACGGGAACAGCCGUCAGGUAAUAGGCGGAGGGAUCGGAACCAUCGGCGGUGCAAAUAAUGGAAAUAACAUCACCGGGUCCUCCCACUAUGUGACCGGAUCCAGCAGUAUUGGCAGCAAUAACCACAACAACAAGCCCGUCAAUAAUAGUGGUGUAUGGGGCAGCAACGUGAUCCCAACAGGCGGCAGCAGCCCCUGCAUCAACGGAGGGUUAAAUCCAAACACUUUAAACCCAAAUGCCAACCACGGUGCCUGGCCGCAGAGCCCGAGCCCAGCGUCCCAGGGCCAACGGGCCCCACAGGCUCAGGGGAUGAGUUCCAAACUAGGCCUAGCUCCCCAACAGAGCCCCGUGCUGGGCUGGGGGGGCAAGGCAGCGCCAAACGGCAGCAUUACGAUGGAAGAUGUUGAGGUGAAUAAUGGUACAGCGAGCAGCAAGGUGUUAGGAAGCAGCAACAGUGGAAAUGAUGGCCUACAGCCGACCAACCUUAACACUGAAUCCAAUGGACCAAAUAACACUAUGAUGAUGAAUACUACUACGACGACUACUACUAACGACACUAUGACCUCUAGUCCACCAAACUCUACCGCCUCACCCCAGCUCAGCGGGGACUGCUCCUGGGGCUCUGUUGGAGGAGGGAACGGGGUUCCGCUGGCCAAUGGAAACUCCUCAUCAGCCGCCCAGCACCCCCAAGGAGAACUGGGCGGUCCCGGGGCCUUCGGUACACCUUGGGGUGCAACUACCUACCCUGGAGACAAAGGCACCCCAAAUGCAGACACUGUGAACCCCCCAAACCCUGCCGCAAUGCAGGCUGGGAACCCCCAAAUACCCUCUACUGCUGCUUACAAGAGUAAUAAUAACCACAAUAGCAUGCUGGCCCCACGCUGGGACCAGGGGCCCGCCAGUAAUCCAAACCAGCCCCAGAGCAACUGGGGUCUCGGCUCCAAUAAAAUCCCAGGUUCUGCAGGCCAAACGCCAGGAAAGGGGAACCAAACUACGAUGGGCCCUCCAGCAGGGGUACCUCGCCCUUGGGGGAGCAGCGCAUCGUCCUCUUCCUCGUCAUCGUCGUCCUCUUGUGCAUCUAACAACAAGACGUCAAAUGGAGAAUGGAGGUCGGUUCCUCCUGGUAACAACCACACAGAUCCUGGAAGUCAUAAAGUAAGCUCUGCCAACAAUGGCUGGAAGAGCCUGGAGGAUGACGCCAUGGGCAUGGGGGGAGGGGGAGGAGGAGGAGGAGGGGGGGGAGGAGCGGGGGGAGGUGGGGGAGGUGGGGGAGUUGGGGGAGUUGGAAGUGGAGCAGUUGGAAGCAACGCCCUGAGGAGUGUCACUGGAGGCUGGGGUCGCACCGGAGGGAGUGAGGGAAGCGCAGAGAGCUCCGGAGGCCAAUCCAGCUCCGACAAAGACGCCAGCCAGCCAAAAGGAGGAAAUCGAAGGAAGGUCGUCGAUCCUCCAACACCGGUACCGGCUGUCCCCCAGUCCGACGUGGACCCGAGGGUUCUGUCCAACACCGGAUGGGGACAGACGCCCAUACGGCAGAACACCUCCUGGGAUGUCAAUUUUUCUGCCAACCACAGACUCCAAGGACCCAAAGGAGACGAAAGAAAGCACAGCAGCGGCUCCGGAUGGGGCACGGCAACACCGGCAGCGCCCUCCCAAACCUCCGGAGGUUGUGGUGGUGGGCCGGGCAACUCGGGCCCAGGAGGUUCUAACUGGGGAGAGCGGAACACUUCUGGUGGAGGUGGACAGAGCAGCUGGAACGAUGGCUCCAGCUACAGGGGGAACAACAGCAGCAGCAACAGUAACACCUGGAGCAAUAACGCAAACAAAGAUGACCGGUCCAAUACGUGGACUAAUGCGCCCAAACCGCAGCAGGGCUGGGGUUCCAACGGUGGAAAUGGCAGCGAUCGCUGGGGUAACGGUGGAGAUGGCGCCCGAGCAGGGGGCAAAAACCACUGGGGGGAGCCUCAGAAAGGUGGCGACGGCAACCGGUCCGGCUCUGGAUGUUGGAACGAGUCAAGCCGAACCAACACCAGCAGCAGCAACACCUGGGGAGGGAGCGGAGGAUCAAAUCCUCAAGACCAGAGCACCCCGAACCCGAACCCGGGCUCCAACUGGGGCGACUCGGCCCACAAACCCAAUCCUCAGAGUAACGGCCAGGGCUGGGGAGAGCCAACAAAGAACAACAACGGAGCCCAGAACUGGGACGAGCAGAAUCCUAAGCCCUCCAACGAGUGGGGGAAAGGUCCCGAAUCCAACAUGUCUCGAGGCAAUCAAGGCCCCGACAAGCCCUCAGGCUGGCAAGGAGGCCCCAUGCCCGCAGGAGGCGUGAAGGAGGAAGUGUCAACUGGGUGGGAGGAGCCUUCUCCCGAGUCCGUUCGGCGACGGACGGAGAUCGACGAUGGGACUGCAGCUUGGGGAGAACCCGGUAAACGCAGCGGUGGAGCCGUCCACAUGAGGAACAGGUCUGGCCAAUCGGAGCAGGAGCCCGUGGGCCCGUCCGCUCAGCACCAGGCCCACCCGGCGGCACGCAACUCGAUGCCUCCUCCUCCUCACCCUCCUCCUCAACCCAUGCAGACUCAUGCCCAAGACAAAAGCUGCAGUUCCACUUGGGGUGAGCCUUUCCCCCAGAAGGAGUCCUCUACGUGGGAACCUGCUCCCGCUCCACCUGUUAAAGUGGACAAUGGGACGUCUGCCUGGGGGAAGCCCAUGGACACCAGCUCCACCUGGGAAGACCCCAACAGGGAGACCCGAGAGCCCGGGCCCGGGUGGAACGGCCAGCAUAAGUCUGCUCCAGGUCCCAAGCCCAUGGAGACAUGGGGUGGAGAGGAGGCGUCCAUGGGCAAUAGCUGGGACCAGGAAGAGGAGGUGGAGAUUGGCAUGUGGAGCAACAGCCAGCAAGACAACAGGUCUCAUGACCAAAGCACCUGGAGCUACAAGCAUAGAUGCUCAAACAAGAUGAACAAACCAGUCAACAAACAGGAUGAACCCUGGAUGAAACCCUUCAUCAACCAGUUCAACAGCAUGAACUUCCCUAGAGACUCUCCCGACGACUCCAUGAAGACCGGAGCAGGGAUGGUGCAGGACAAGCGCAUGGACAUGGGCGGCAUGGGCGACUACAACGGAGUCAUGGGGAAGAACCCCGGGUCUCGGCACCAGCUCCACAAGGAUUCUCCCAUGGACCGCAGCCCUUGCUAUGAAAAGAAUGUAAACCCCAUGAUGGGCGGCAGCAGCGUAGCACAGGGCCGAGGCGGCCCCCAGUCCCAGGUCCCCCCCCAACCCAACCUCCGUAACCAAGUGCCUCCCCCCAUCCUGCCCCCUCAGGUGCCUCCAUCCCUGUUGAAGUACCCAGGAGGUAACGGAGGUCUGAACCCUCUGUUUGGCCCUCAGCAGGUGGCUGUGCUCAACCAACUCACCCAGCUCAACCAGUUCAGCCAGCUGUCACAGCUCAACCAGAUCAGCCAGUUACAGCGUCUUCUCUUCCAGCAGCAGCAACAACAACAACAACAGCAGCAACAGAAAGCUCAGAUCCAGAGGCCUGUGGGACGACCGACUGAACAGACGCGUCCUAUCGGUUCGUCUCCAUCCAUGAUGCAGCCGCCGCGGCACCUGGACCCCUCCAUGCUGAAACAGGCCCCGCCGCACAAACCGUACCUGGAUAACUACAUGUCCCACAACACCCCUGAGAUGCAGAAGGAAGCUGCUGCUCUCGGAUCCUUCAGCAAUUUCCCUUUAAGCUUGAACUCUAACCUGAAUGUACCCAUGGACAUGGGCGGCGGCGGUGGUGGCAACGCCGUGGGCUACAAAGAGCCCCAGUCCAGACUGAAGAAACUUUGGGCUACUGACCCUCUGGAGCAGAACAGCAAACCUGGUGCUAUGUCGUCUGGGCUGCGUCUGGAGGACUCUCCCUUCUAUGACUUCCUGUCCCCCGGCCCAUCUCCCCUGAGUCCUCCCGGCCAAUCAAUGGGCUCGGUGGGCGAUGGCUGGCCGCCCCGUGCCAACUCCCCCCUGCCCCAUGGAAACUCUGUCGCCUGGCCCCCAGAGUUCCGGCCCGGAGAGCCGUGGAAAGGUUACCCCAACAUUGACCCCGAGACCGACCCGUACAUGACCCCCGGCAGUGUCAUCAACUCCCUCUCCAUCAACACCGUCCGUGACACAGACCACCUCAGGGACAGGAACAACGGGCCAUCCUCAUCACUGAACACCACGAUGCCUUCUAACAGUGCCUGGUCAUCCAUUCGUGCCUCCAGCCACAGCGGUUCCCUCACCAGUACAGCACAAAGCACUUCAGCCAGACCCAGUGAGUCAAAGUGGUCUCCCGGCGGCGGUUCUGUGUCCAACUCCUCCCUGGCCCACGAGCUGUGGAAGGUCCCCCUGCCUCCCAAGGCGCUCGCCGUGGCGGCCCCCUCCAGACCACCACCCGGCCUCACCAGCCAGAAGCCCAGCUCUGCCUCCUCCGGGUGGGGCGCCUCCGAGUCCAGAUACACACCUGGCUCCAGUUGGGGCGACAGCAGCAGCUCGGGGAGAAGCCAAUGGCUGGUCCUGAGGAAUCUCACACCUCAGAUCGACGGCUCCACCCUGAGGACCUUGUGCAUGCAGCACGGCCCUCUGAUCACAUUCCACCUCAACCUGCCGCACGGUAACGCCGUGGUAUGCUACAGCUCCAAGGACGAGGCCGCGAAGGCCCAGAAGAGCCUGCACAUGUGUGUUUUGGGGAACACUACGAUUGUGGCCGAGAUUGCCAGCGAGGAGGAAAUCAACCGAUUCUUUGCACAAGGGCAGUCAUUGGCCACUCCCUCCUCCGGCUGGCAGGCCAUCAGCUCCUCCCAGAGCAGAAUGGAUCAGUCUCACACCUUUCCCAGCCGCGCUCCCGAACCCAACCAGUGGAACGGCAGCGAUCUCCACAGCUCCUCCCUCUGGGGCGGGCCCAACUAUUCCAGUAGCCUGUGGGGGAACCCCGGUGGCACCGAGGCAGGGAGGCUUAGCAGCCCUUCUCCAAUCAGCUCCUUCCUCCCGGUGGAUCACCUGACGGGCGGCGGGGACUCCAUGUGAACCGCCCGCCAAUCAGACGGGCUCGAGGAAGGGUCAGUAGAGAAUUAUCAAUAAUCAGCAGAAAGAAAAUGGAAAAAAGUAGUUUAAAAAAACGCAAUGGCACUAGUCGGACUCUUUCUCACUUACAAGAUGUACAACAGACGGGGGUCGCCCCCCCGUGGAAAACAAGUUACGGUUCUCUCUCUGCACAUAUGUCCACUUUGUUUUAGCCCAAAAACAUAUCAGUCGGAAUACUUGAAUCAUGCAGGCCAAUUCUAUAAUGUGAACGGAUGGAUAUUUGCUUCCAGGUAGUGCUCUUUCAGACCGAAAAAAAGCUUCAAUCGAGCUCAUUACUAUAUAUAUAUUUUUUGUUUCAUUCGUCAUGUUUAUUUGAAUUCCAAUUCUUUUCAUUUUUAACGUUUUCUUUUCUUUUCUUUUUUUUUUGCAUUUGUUUGCUGACGAUGUUGGAGUAUGAGCUUUUUUAACUUUGCACUGAAUGUGGUUUUUCUCAGUAUAUAUAAUCUGCAAUAUAGAGGGAGCAGCCAGUUUUUCCAGUGUAGCUGUUUACUCAUUGAGGUCCUUACCGUGUGUGUGUAUGCGCGCGCACUUUGUGUGUGCGACUGCGUGCGUGAAAAGAGUGCGUGUGCGCUCCUCUCUGCCUUGGCACGCAUACCUUACUGCGUUGUCGUGGAGUUCAAGAUCAACAGAUAGUUAACGAAGAAUAAAAGCUGACUUAGGAGGAUAUCUGGUGAUAGAAACAAGUGACAUUAAAAAGUAUUGCACCAAUUUUGUUUUAAAACUAAAGAACGUUGAGCUCUGCAGUGCAAAGGACUGUAGCCGCAGCUGGGACUAGCAAGCCCCGCCCACCCCAGGGUAGGGGGCGGGGUCUAUCUAGCAAGCCCUCCCACUAGCCCCCUAGUGGGAGGGCGGAAACAGCACUUUCAGAAUAGGCUUUCAAUGUUUUGGAGGUGCCACACUGCAACCUCUUGUUUACAAGACUUAGGAGGCGGAACGUGUGUUCAUUCUUCAUUUUAAAGAGAAGAUAGAAUAAAAUAGAAAAUACUCAAUAAGAAGAAGAAGAAAAAAAACUAGAAAAACGUGUUUAAAAAAGUAUAAAAGGAAAAAACUACAAAAAAUGAAAACUCUUAUCGAGGAUGAAGACGAUGCUUUGUAACUCUGGGAAUUCGGAUCAGUGUUUUUGGCCAUGGCGUUGGUUAUUUGAACUAUUCCUCUUUGUCUGCUAAAUAACCAGCAAUGGUUCUCAGGAAAUCAAGCCAGUUUUCCCCCCCUUGUAGGUGAAUUAAAAAAACUACUACUCCUUGUAGGAAAAGGAAAAUCCAACUUCUAGCACUGAAAACUAUGUAUAGGUCUGUAAGUUUUAUUUUCUCUGCCAAAUAACUGCUUUAAGCUGGAGAAGCUCAACACACUGCUUUCAAUAUGCUGUCUUUGAGGGGUGGGGGGGAGGGGGGGUCCUAAUGCGGAGGACAGGCGGCAGAUUACCCGACGCUCCCUCUCUCCUCCUCUUCCUCCGCUCUGACGUAAGAGUCCAGCGGGGGGGUGUUUAUUGUGCGACUGUCCGUGGAGACACCAAGAGAAAGGCGAACCUGUGUCUAUGCAUACUGUAGCUUCUCACACGGCCCACCGAGAGGCGUCUUUCAUCCUUAUUACCAUUAUUAUUUUCCCCGUGUCACAAAUGUUUGAAAUGUUUCAUUAAGUUCAACAAAAUGCGAAAUAUAACGUGCUUUUCUUCUUCUUCUUUUCUUAAAAAAAAAUAUGCUCAUUGCCACAAACGGUGUUUUUGACAACAAAAAAACAAGGAAAAAAAAGGAAAGAAGAAAAACUUUAAACAACCUGUUUUGUUUGUUUUGGGGUUGAAGAUAAUAUUUUAACAGUGCAAAAGUCGUCCACAUUUCAUUGCCUUGAUCCUAAUUGUGUCCGAAGAUGCAACAACAAGUCAAGUGGCUUCUACCUGUUUACAAAUAGUAUAUGAUUGUAUUGUACUGUUUAUUUUCUUUUGAGUGGGGGGAAGGAAGGGGGGGGGGGGGGGGGGUCGUACUCAUUACAAGUUCCUGUGUGUGAGAACAGCGUGAAUGUAAAUCCAUCUGUGGUGUUCGUCGACAUAAAGACGUGUGAACAGUCGAUGAACUCGCCUACAGUGACUGUUUAGUUUAUGAUGCACAAUUAUUAUUAUCGGGGGAAACGAGAGGAACGAGAAGUCAGCGUCAGAAACCACGGACCUUAAUUAUGUUUUCUUCAUCGUUUAAUUAUUCUGUGUUAAAGCGUGUGUGUGUGUUUCCCCUUCCGACAUGGAUUUUAAUUUCAGAAGUACGUUGGCUGAAGUUGUUUUUAAAGUUUUUAGUUGUGAGUAUCGACUUGAAGCCUGAGGGGGACAGAACCUCGAGUAUUAGACCGCGCGGCGGUGCCAGUAUUGAUCUGCUCUGUACCAAAUAAUUCAAUCAUACAAACUAUUAGUUUACUUAAUUCCAGAUCUCUUUGCUAAAACUAUAUACAUGCGUGUUAUUUUUGUUUUUCGUCCCGUUUUAACAAAUGUGUGGAACAUCUGAACCGCGCUGGUCAUUUUUGUUUUGUUUUUUGGAGUCGCCUUAAUUUGACAAUUUUAACUGAGGAGCCUUGGAGUUUGCACUUUGCUUUUUGCUCGUGUAGUUUGAGGGAGACGGUGCGUCAGAAUAGAGACAGGGUUGUGUGUGUGUGUGAGAGACGAGAGAAGAUGGUGCUUUGUUGGUCCCAGUGAGGGGGGGGGGGGGAGGGCGUCUUCCUCUUCCUCUUCUUCCUCCUCCUCUCCAGGUUUCCGUCUCCCAGGCGGUCAGAGCGGCGACCUCGCCACGCCGCUCUGACCCGACCCAGAAUGUAGCUGAAAACAUUUUUUUUUUUUUACGGUUUAGAGUGUAGAGAUGAUGAAAUAAACUCUGCCAAUCACUGCGCGGCGUUUUUAUGUGAUGUCAUCGGUAUCGGGCGGCGGUUCCCGGUUCUCUCUCGCGUUGGUCUCGGCGCCCCUUGACUGAGAAGAGGCGGGGCUUCUUGUAGCGACUCGGGCACGGGGACUUGUGAUUGGCUGUUCCUGGGACUCGGGGGUUUACGCGUGCCGCUCCGCUGGCUUAUCCAGGAUCAGCUCUCCGACUCCUAAAGCCUAAACCACGAGGAGAGGAGACGAGGAGACGAGGCCCCGUGCCAAGUGAACUCCGGAUAGUCCGCGUUCCCUCCCCUGAUAUUAUACACUUCGUUCAUUCUCAUUCUGCUGAUCUGGGAGCAGUUUAGUCCCUCGAGUAUCCUUACCUUAACAAAUUAGCGGGUACACGAACUGACCCCGGGUCAGCGGCGGCACUGAGAGACGAGCAGCGUCUGAAACGUUCAUGUUCCUGUUACUUUGGUUUUUGGUUUCCAGCUCAAAUCUCGCUCAGCUCUGUCUGGUCCAAUCUACUGUGUGUGUGUGUGUGUGUGUGUGUGCACGUGUACGUGUGUGUGUGCGCACGUGCACGGGAAGAUGCAAAAACCGUCUCGUACAGAAGCCGUGUGUGAAUGCUUGAACACUAUCAUGCCAAAUCGAGGAGGGAAUGAAAGGGAUUUUUUGGGGGGGUUGUGUGUGUGUGUGUGUGUGUUUGUGUGUAUUUAAAAAGCUGGACAAUGUUAAAUGCUUGAAGAAAAAAUGUCAUUUGCAAAAAGGAUGACGUGAGGAGAAACCACCACGCGCAACGUACAAUCCCCAGGGCUGCCGAGCAGCUUCCCGACGAGGCCAGAGGAGGGGAGGAGGAGAGGAGGCUAGGAGAGAGGAGGGAAGCUGGCUGGUGACUACUUUUUAAAAUGUUUAAGAGAAAAUAAUGUGACGCUGUUUUAUUUGUUCGCUUUUUUUUUCCCUCUUGACUUAACUAUCCUGUGAGCGAACGCUAUAUUAUAUCAUAACGCACCCAGCGGCUGUCGAUCAAAAACAACAACAAACGAGAGAGAGAGAAUACACAAAAGAGAAGAAAACAAACUGUGAGAAUCUGCUGUCUUUUUUUGUUUGUUUUACAUUUUAAAUUAAUACACACAAACAAACCCUGAAAAGCUUUAGUCUAACCAGCACAAAGAGGGGGGGGGGUAUGCAGUGGCGUGUUGAACCCAGGCUUCCAUGUCCACCUCGGGUUUUUUGCUUUUCUUGAAAAACAAACGCAAAAAAAAAAAUUGUUUUAAAAACACAGUUUAGACGGGAUUCCCAAUAAUAUUCCUCAAACAUGUCGUGCCAUCGUUGAAUCGUACUGCUACUAAUAAUAACCGAAAAAGAAGAAGAGAGAACCUUUAUUACCUAGCAACCGUCGUCGGGCCAGUUGUAGCAGGAGGGGGGGGGCGGGUCCGUUUCUUCACAGCUCCUCUGGGGACCGAGGCCGGAGGAACUGCAAAUUUUACACAACUACAAUGUUUUUAUAGAGAUUCUAUCAAUCCACAGCGUGUAGUCGAUCACCUGUAAAACCUAUUAUGCACAUUGCUUUGGGAGACUGUUGAAACUAUAUAUAUAAUAUAUAUAUAUGAAUAUAAACGUAGUGUCUAUAAUCAACGAGGGGGGGGGGGGCGUCUUCCUCUCUUACAAACAAACAGGAAGUACCUUUUCAUUUUCAAAACGUCUUCCUCGGGUCAUCAAAAAGGAUUUUAUCUUAAACUUCGGGGGAAACUGCACUUUUUGAAGGACAAUCUUUAUUUGUAUGGGUAUAUAUAUAAAAAUUGACGCUCCCGCGUGCUCCGUGACGAACGUCCCCUCCGAUGCCGUCUGCUUUCACGUCAUCCUUUUGAUUCUCCCCCCCCUUUUUUUUUUGUUGCUUGGUUUGUUCCGUAUUAUUUUUCUCCUGUUUUUCUGGAUUUUAGUGCUCUUAAGAGAAUGUGUACUAAGGUGUAGAGUAGUAAGUAGUAGGUCUUCUGUUGGCUGUACUCGUAUACUGAUUACUGUUUGUAACCCUCAUACAAAGCUGUACAACUUGGGUACAACCCUCAAUAAAAGACUAACAACUCA